AUGGUACAAGGGAGUGACAGCAGUCGUGAUAAAAUGAAAGCUAGAACUGUUGUGGUUUGUGCCUGUGCCAUCUUCAUGGUUUUUCUUGUAGUUGAAACCUGGUGUGCUCCAAAGAAUAAAGCUGUAGUGAGAAAUUGGGGCCCACAAUCAAUGCUGUACCUCAAAGGACGCUAUGGCAGAAGAUAUGCCUCUGACAAUGAAGAACAGUAUUACAAGCUUAAUCUGGAGGACUUCAGUAUGUUUUUAAAAAAUAAUAUUUAA